AUGUACUACAUGUUUACUGUUGAGUCAGAAAGACAAUUAGUGCUGCUGGGUCAAACUGGUGUUGGGAAGAGUGCAUCUGGAAACACAAUACUGGGACGAGAAGAGUUCAGAUCUAAGUUAAGUGUGACUGCAGUGACCCGUGAAUGUUCAGCUGCUCACGCCACUGUUUCAGACAGAUCUCUGACUGUAGUUGAUACUCCUGGAUUAUUUGACACAAGGAGUACACAUUUAUCCAGUCCUGGACCACACGCUUUUCUCAUUGUGUUUACAGUAAGAAGAUUAACAUGUGAGGUGCAGCAGAUUCUUCAGAUGAUUGAGAUGAUGUUCGGUCAGGAGGUGUUAAAAUACUCCAUCAUUCUCUUCACUUAUGGAGAUUAUCUAAAAGGCAUGCCCAUAGAGGAAAUCAUAAAGAAGGACAGAGCUGUAAGAGAUCUAGUUGAUCAGUGUGGAGGUGGAUAUCACAUCUUCAAUAACAGAGAUAAGAGAAACAGAGAGCAGGUGACAGAUCUGCUGGAGAAGAUUGACACAAUGAUAGAGAAGAACGGAGGAUACUACAGUAAUCAGAUGCUUGAAGAAGCUCAGAGAAGAAGAGAGGACACAGCACCAAAGUCAGUGUCAGGAAAGAGUGUGUAGUUGAUGCUCCACGAUUCUUUCACACACAGAUGAAAACUGAAGAGAUCAUGAGAAGUGUUUCAGUCUUUGACGGCUCACUUUCCUCUUGUUUGGUCAGGAGCUGUUAAAAUACUCCAUUCACAGAGAUCAUCUACACGAGACACAGGAGAAGAGUAGAUUAAGACAGAUUCACAUCUUCACUAUCAGAGAUCACAUCUGAACUCUGAUCUCUGUUAUUACUGCAGUGAUGUACAGUAAGAGAUUGAAGGACAUCUCUAAAUCAGUGCUUGAUACUUGGAUGUCCACCCCAUUGAGAAUACAACUCUGCUCUUCACCAAAAGAGCAGCACAAGAGCACUGGACUAUAGACCGAAUAUUACACAUGUACACUGUUCAUAUUAAACUCUGAUUCUGAUUAUUUGUUACAUAAAGUUUUCUUGUAACUGAUUACACCGCAUAUUUAACAAGAAAACAUUUAUCAGUGAAACUCAGAAUCUUUAAUGUUAGAUUUUCUCUGAAAAAAAAAGAAUAGUGUUGAUUCAUUAUUGUUAAUGACAAAACAACACAAUAGUACAGUAACAAACUGAUUAUAUAACGCUGAUUAUACACACAGAGCUUAACAAAACUAAUAAGACUGAUGACAUGAUAUACCUGAGCUGUGACAAAACUAAUAAAACAUUAAUAAAUGAAGCUCUUGAUUGAAAUAGUGAUGUCUAGAAUAAAGCACUUUCUGCUAAUAACAGACUUGAUUACAGCAGGAUAGAUAACUUUAAUGAACAUGAAUAAAUACAGAAAUCAUAAUCAUAAUAUAAAUACAUGCUCAUUUUCUAACCUUGGUUCAUCUCGUUACAUUAAACUUCUUACAGAAAACUUUGUUUAUGUUGUAAUAGUCCAUCUUAACUGAUGAUGCUACACGUCUGUUAAUAAUCAUACAACAUAUGAACAGAUUUUGAUGGGUUUUGUUCAUCUGAUCAUUUUAAUUCAGAAACAAAUGCUUCUGAAGAUAUAUUAAUAAUAAUCUUCCCCAUCUCCAUCAUUCUUCAACAUGCUCUUAUGUUAAAUACCACAUGCAGAAAUAUGAAUUCACAGUUUGCAAACCUC